CUGAGCAGAACACUCAACCAUCACCAAAAUGUCGCCUCGCAAGAAGGCUACAGCUGGAGGUCCAGUCGAAGUCUCCGGCUCGACGCCUAAAUCCGCGACAACAUCCAAAGCUGCGGCGCAAAAAGCUGUAUGUAUUUGCGCAUGCGACUCUCGGAAUAGCAACUGACUGGAUCUGCAGAAAGGAAACCUUUCAGAUCACACAGAAACCGCGGCAGAAUCGAAACCCAAGCGUACAAAGACUGCGAAGAAAGUGCAGCAGCAUAUCCAUAGAGCAGGAGAUGAUGUGAAGGCUGCCAAUUGGACCUGUCUUUGGAGGCGCAUACUGACAUUUUGUCGCAGACUUUCUCGGCCCUUCUGGAACCUUUCUAUGGCGGAAAAGGUCUCACGGAUCCAAUCGAUACGGCAAAGGUAUGCAUCUUUAAAAGAAAUUCGAAAUCUAAAUCUAACAUGCGCAGGAUAAAUGGAAUCUUCUACCAGCAUUUCUCAAGGUUAAGGGUUUGGUCAAGCAACACAUCGACUCGUACAAUUACUUUAUUGAGCAUGAGAUUAAGGAUAUUGUCAGAGCAAAUAAGGUGGUGACAAGUGAUGUCGACAAUACUUUCUGGUUGGAGUAAGUUGCCUCCUCCAAGUGAUCGAUUUGCUUCUAAUGAAAUACUAGGUAUCUUGAUAUUCGAAUUGGAGCUCCCGAUCGCCUUGAUUACGAUGAUCGAAAACCACAAAAUGACAUCACCCCGAACGAAUGCCGUCUCCGAGAUAUGACCUAUGCUGCGCCCAUCAUAGUCGAUUUCAAAUAUGUGCGGGGGAAAAGUGCCAUCCUGAGAACAAAUGUUGCCAUCGGAAGAAUGCCGAUUAUGCUUAAAAGUCGUCCAUGCCGGCUGGCUGGAAAGAAUGACCGUGAGAUGGCUCACAUGAAUGAAUGCGCUCUUGAUCCUGGAGGGUACUUUGUUGUAAACGGAACGGAAAAGGUUAUCUUGGUGCAAGAGCAAUUGAGCAAGAACAGAGUUAUUGUGGAAGCUGAUCCGAAGAAGGGAAUAGUAUCGGCAUCUGUGACUAGGUAUGGUUUAUGCCUUGAUUACCAUACAAAAGGUCUCUGCUAACAUAUCCCAGUACGACCCACGAACGAAAGUCAAAAACUUAUGUUCUAAUGAAAAAGGAGAGAGUUUAUUUGCAACACAACAUUCUUACUGAGCCCGUUCCUAUUGUGGUCGCACUCAAAGCCAUGGGCAUUCAGUCUGAUCAUGAAAUGCUUCUUUUAGUUGCAGGCGAUGAUAGCGCUUAUCAAGACGAAUUCUCUGUCAAUUUCGAAGAAUGUGCGCAACUAGGCGUCUUCUCACAACAUCAGGCUCUCGAAUGGCUAGGGCAGCGUGUCAAGAUGGGUGCAACGAAAAAAGGAUCAAAUAAUAGAGGUCGAAACUACGUCGGUGAAGCUCUUGAAGCCCUUGCCACCAUUAUCAUCACGCAUGUUCCAGUCAUUGGUCUAGACUUUCGACCCAAGGCACUUUAUAUCUGCUUUAUGGUUCGGCGUGUUCUUAUGGCGGUACAUGAUCCAAAGUUGGUUGACGACCGUGAUUAUGUCGGCAAUAAAAGAUUGGAGCUCGCUGGUCAACUUUUGGCCUUACUUUUUGAGGAUUUGUUCAAGACUUUCAACAACAAUCUGAAAAUUAAUAUUGACAAGGUUCUGAAGAAACCAGUCAGAAGUAUGGAGUUUGAUGCAUAUAAUCAUAUGCAGUCCCACGGAAAUUUGAUCACGCAGGGCAUGAAUCGUGCCAUUUCAACUGGAAACUGGAGUGUCAAACGAUUCAAAAUGGAGAGAGCCGGUGUCACUCAUGUUCUCAGUCGACUGAGUUACAUUAGUGCUCUUGGGAUGAUGACCCGUAUUAGCAGUCAGUUUGAGAAGACCAGAAAGGUCAGUGGACCUCGUGCACUACAACCCUCACAAUUUGGAAUGCUCUGUCCUUCAGAUACACCCGAAGGAGAAGCCUGUGGUCUUGUUAAGAAUCUGGCUUUGAUGACACAUAUCACGACUUACGACGACGAAGAACCAGUCAAAAAAUUGGUAUUUGUUCUUGGGGCCGAGGAUAUUGCGUCUAUGAGUGGAAUUGAAAUAUACGCUCCUGGUGCCUAUGUUAUCUUUGUCAACGGUACACCCAUUGCACUUACACGAAAGCCAAAGGAAUUCUUGAAUUCUUUCCGCAAAUUCCGUCGGAUGGGACGGGUCUCGGAGUACGUCAGCAUCUAUAUUAACAAUCAUACGAAUGCUGUUCACAUUGCUACCGAUGAAGGGAGAAUUUGCCGACCCUUGAUCGUCGUUGAAAAUAACAAGCCCAGAGUUACCAAAAAGUCCUUGGAAGCCUUGCGAGCAGGAAAAAUGGAAUUCGACGAUUUUCUAUACAGAGGAAUGGUGGAAUAUGUGGAUUGUAACGAGGAAAACGAUUCCUAUAUUGCGCUUACACAAGAUUUCGCUGAAAAGACGCCUGGCAUUACCCAUCUUGAAAUCGAGCCUUUCACCAUUCUGGGCGCUGUGGCUGGAUUGAUUCCCUACCCCCAUCACAACCAAUCUCCAAGGAACACUUACCAAUGUGCUAUGGGUAAGCAAGCCAUUGGAGCAAUUGCUUAUAAUCAAUUUUCGCGGAUCGAUACUCUGCUUUACCUCAUGGUUUACCCACAACAACCAAUGGUCAAAAGUCGUACCAUUGAGUUGAUUCAUUACGACAAACUUCCAGCCGGUCAGAACGCGACAGUGGCAGUUAUGUCAUUUUCUGGAUACGAUAUUGAGGAUGCUUUGGUGUUGAAUAAGGCAUCUUGUGACAGAGGUUUCGGUCGAUGUCAGGUCUUCCGGAAAUAUGCUGCACAUAUUCGAAAAUAUCCCAACAAAACUUCGGACCGACUUGGUGAUAGAGAACAGGACGCAAAGGAUCCUAGUAAGCCCAUCAAGAAACACGCAGUCCUCGGCCCAGAAGGUGUAGCUAUGGUAGGCGAGAGAAUACACUCGGGUGAGGUGUAUCUCAACAAGGAAACUCCACUCAACACAACAUCUUCUGGAAUAGGUUCUGACUAUGGAUCGAACGAGCAUAGACCAGCACCAAUGUCCUAUCGUCUUCCUGAUUUUGCCUACAUUGACAAGGUCAUGGUUUCUCAGACCGAAAACGAGACGACUGUCUUCAAGGUCCAAACCCGGCAGACUCGUCGCCCUGAACUUGGUGAUAAGUUUUCUUCUCGUCACGGUCAGAAGGGUGUUGUUGGUAUUAUCGUUGAACAACAGGAUAUGCCAUUUGCUGAUUCAGGCGUUACGCCUGACAUUAUCAUGAACCCUCACGGUUUCCCCUCUCGUAUGACAGUCGGUAAGAUGCUGGAACUCCUCGCUGGCAAAGCCGGAGUCCUCAACGGAACUCUGGAAUACGGCACGGCAUUCGGAGGCAGUAAAGUAGACGACAUGGGUGAUAUCCUCAUCAAGAACGGAUUCAGUUACUCUGGAAAAGACUUCGUCACCAGCGGUAUCACAGGCGAAUCCCUCCCAGCCUACAUCUUCUUCGGACCAAUCUACUACCAAAAGCUCAAGCACAUGGUUCAAGAUAAAAUGCACUCCCGUUCACGCGGUCCUCGGGCUAUUCUUACACGUCAACCUACUGAGGGUCGAUCAAGAGAUGGAGGUCUGCGACUGGGAGAGAUGGAACGUGAUUGUCUCAUUGCGUAUGGUGCUAGUCAGUUGCUCCUCGAGCGAUUGAUGCUGAGUAGUGAUGCGCAUGAGGUGGACAUCUGCGAGCGCUGUGGCAUGAUGGGGUAUCAGGGGUGGUGUCAGACUUGUAAGAGCACGGCGGGCGUGACGAGGAUGACGAUGCCGUAUGCGGCGAAGUUGUUGGUGCAGGAGUUGCUCAGUAUGAAUGUGCUGGUGAGACUUAAGUUGGAGGAUGAGUUCCCUCAUCCAAAGUAAGGGAGUGGUGUCUUUUCUGGCGGUUCUUUUCAAGGGGCAGGGCGUUGGGGAUUUUUUAAUUUGAUUUCUCUGGUAUACUGGGAUGGCGUAUGGGAUGCGAAAACAUUAGGGAAGUGGGGUUUGUUGGUAAGUUAAUUGGGAGGGAGUUGUUUGCAUUGCGAGGCGUACGUAGUUAAGGGAAUAAAUGAUACCAUGAGCAUG